AUGUCCAAAAUCCUCACUGUUGUUGGUGCCACCGGAGCCCAGGGUGGCUCCGUGGUUACGUCUGCCUUGAAAUCUGGUGCCUACAAGGUCCGCGGAAUUACUCGUAAUGUUAACAGUGCGGCAGCCAAGUCUUUGACUGCGCAAGGUGUUGAAAUGGUUGCUGCGGACACCAGCGAUCUCGCAAGCCUUGUCAAGGCGUUUGAGGGAUCUCACGCCAUUUUUGUUGUCACCGAUUUCUUUGCCUCGUUUGCCACUCACGGAGUUGAGGAAACGGUUGCCAUUGAGUCUACCCAGGGAAUCAACUGCGCAAAGGCGGCCUCCCGGACUACCACCCUUGAGCACUACAUCUGGAGUACUCUCCCGGACAAUCAAAAAAUCUCCGGCGGAAAAUGCUCUGUGCCUCACUUUGAGAGCAAAACCAAGGUUGAUCAGUAUAUUCACCAGGACAAGGCCCUGCUGAGCAAAACCACCUUCCUCUUCGUUACCUACUAUGCGACGAACAUGCUCAUGCCUAUGUUCCUGCCUAACCAAUUUAAAACCACUGGCAAAAGUGUCCAGCUGUUGCCCAUCGCUGAAGAUACCCCAAUCACUAUACUCGGUGCCACAAAGAUCAACCUCGGUAUCUACGUCCUCGCCAUUCUUCAACAGCCUCAAAUCACCCUUCCCGCCAAGGAAAUUUUGAAGCCUUGGUCUGAGGUUUCUGGAACCCCGGCUGAAUACGCAUCUAUCUCCUUGGACCACUACGAUAACCUAUGGCCCAAGUGGGGCCGUGAGGUUGGUCUCAUGUUGCAGUUCUGGGAUUACGCUCGUGAGAGGAGUUGGGUCGCGGAUGAUGUAGUCAUCAAGGAGGACUUGAGCAUCACUGGUUUGGUGGGCAUGAAGGAAGUUUUUGCUGAAAUUGAUUGGACUAGUGUCUGA